AUGGGUUUCUCUGAGGCUAUUCGCCUAAAUCUUGCUUCCUACUCGUCUCUCUCUCCCUGCCAGUAUUGUUCGACGAGAGUAAACCAGAAGCAGAAGAGUCUUGUUGCAUUCCCGAGCAGUAGAAGAGGAAAGAGACGCUCUUUACUGACUGUUAAAUCAGUGUUGAACAUCAACGAUAAUGGAACAGCUGAGCCAUCAAAGGUUCUUCUGGAGAAAUUGUUCGCUCAGACACAGAAAUUGGAGAGACAGACGAAUCAGAACUCGGUUUAUCCUGAUGAGGAUAUGCCCUAUUCAAACCUUGGGGUGCUCGAGUCUGACCUGCAGGCUGCGCUAAUGGCCCUGUUGAAAAGAGAGGAGGACUUGCAGGAUGCAGAGAGGAAGGUUCUCUCUGAGAAGAAGAAACUGAACCGGGCAAAGGAGGGGUUAGAAAAACGAGAGAGAAUAAUCGUUGAAGCUUCUUUGAAGCAUGAAAGUCUACAAGAGGAGCUGAAGCGGGCAAAUGUGGAGCUAGCUUCACAGGCCAGAGAGAUUGAAGAAUUAAAGCAGAAGCUUAGGGAAAGAGACGAGGAACUUGUCGCUAUGCAAUCGUCCUUGACUUUGAAAGAGCGAGAGCUAGAUCAAUUGCGUGAUGAGAUUGCAAACAAAACCAAGGAGGUUUCCGUGGCUAUUUCUGAAUUUGAAAACAAGUCACAACUCUUAAGCAAAGCCAACGAAGUUGUCAAGAGACAAGAAGGUGAAAUACAUGCACUUCAGAGAGCCCUCAAGGUGAAGGAAGAAGAACUAGAAAUUUCUAUGGCUACGAAGAAACUUGAACAGGAAAAGCUCAGAGAAACAGAGGCCAGUUUGAAGAAACAGACGGAAGAGUGGCUGAUAGCACAGGAUGAAGUGAAUAAGCUUCAGAAGGAAACUGUGAAACGCUUAGGAGAAGCCAACGAAACCAUGGAGGAUUUCAGUAGAGUGAAAAGGCUUCUGAGUGAUGUGAGAUUCGAGCUUGUUUCUUCUCGGAAAGCUUUGGUGUUUUCGAGGGAGCAAAUGAAAGAAAAGGAGCUACUAUUAGAACAGCAAUUGGAGGAACUCGAGGAACAGAGGAAAAGCGUGUUGUCAUAUAUGCAAAGCUUGAGAGAUGCUCACACGGAAGUAGAAAGUGAGAGAGUAAAACUCAGAGUUGCUGAGGCUAAGAACUUUGCACUUGAGCGGGAAAUUUUGGUCCAAAGAGAACUGUUGGAAGGGUUACGAGAGGAGUUGCAGAACGAGAAAUCUUUGUUGGAGCAAGCUACGCAUAAUGUAUCUGUUAUUCAAAAUGAGCUUGACAAAACAACCAACGCAUUUCAGGUGUCACAGAAUCUACUUCAGGAGAAAGAGUCAAGCUUGGUGGAGGCCAAACUAGAGAUUCAGCAUCUGAAGUCUGAAAAGGCUUCUCUAGAAGUAUUACUGCAAGAAAAGGAUGAAGAACUCACAGAAGCUCGGAAUAAAUUGGAAGAAGUGAACCGGGAGGUAACAGAGCUAAAGAUGCUUAUGAGCAGGAGAGAAGAUCAGCUUACGCAGGCAAAUGCAAUGCUGAAGGAAAAAGAUGUCCACCUUCACAGAAUCGAAGGUGAGUUGGGAAGCUCCAAGCUGAAAGUCACCGAAGCUGAAAUGGUGGUGGAAAGAAUUGCAGAGCUGACGAGCAGAUUGGUUAUGUCAACCACCACCAACGGUCAAGAUCAGAAGGCAAUGAGGAUUAACAAUGAGAUAAGCUUUGACUCGAUGCAGCAACCAGUAGAAAAACCUCGCGAUGAUUACGGAAUGGAGAACAAACGGCUAGUGAUGGAGCUAAACUUCACCAGAGAAAAUCUACGGAUAAAAGAAAUGGAAGUUCUGGCAGUGCAGAGGGCUUUGACGUUUAAAGACGAAGAGAUCAACGUGGUCAUGGGAAAAUUAAAAGCCAAGGAGCAGGAGCUCAAGAGAUUUAAAGAAGAAACGGUGAAUGACAGUGAAGAUUUGAAAUUGCUAUAUGCCUUGGCACAGGAGAGUAUCGAGGGGAAAACAAUGGGUGAUCUAGCCAUAGAGAAGCUUCAGCUUGAGGCAGCACAACUCGAAGUUGAAGCUGCAACGAGCGCAUUACAGAAGCUUGCAGAAAUGAGCACGGAACUUCUAACUCAAGCUGACAUGAGCAUCGAGGCCGAUCCUAGUUUUACUGGAAUGCCAGGAAACGGGUUUCAUCAGGUAAACAAUUCAGGCGGAAGUAACGAUUGUAUUGCUGAGGUAAAAUCAGAAGUUGGCAGGCUCUGGUCGCUGACAGAGAAAUUACUAGAGAAUGCAGGAAUCGUUGCUGGUACAUCCACAGGCAACAAAGGUGUGACUUUAUGA